AAAGGACUGCAGCGGUCAUCAUUCCAACUGCCCUUGAUAUUCCAACGUUCCGCAAGGGUAGGAAAGUCGAAAUAAUUCUCUAAUUAUCUGUACCUAUUAGGUCCAGUGUUUCCCCCAGAGAACGCCUCGAAGCUUAUCGGCAGUAGUUUGGAGUCUUGGCACAUUCCAUCGAGGCGGGUCAUUGCGAAUGGUCACGAACUGAUCGGUCAACAAUUACCUCCACACCUUUUUCGGGUCCUGCAGUUUAGCGUGAGGAACUACAUUCACUGAGACAGGCCCAUAGACCUUGCAGACGCGCCUGCAUACUCAAAACCAAUGGCCUCGAUCCUACGACAAAUCGUCGCUGGUCCUAGAUUACAGCACCCAGAAGCAGGUCUAGAUCUAUGCUAUGUCACCGACAAUCUGAUUGCAACGUCUGGCCCGUCCCCUAGCUACCCGAAACGCGCCUACAGAAACCCGCUCGAUGAUCUAGUGAAAUACCUUGACUCCAAACAUGGCGAGGACUGGUGUGUCUUUGAGUUCCGGGCUGAGGGGACAGGGUACCCCGAUAAGGCUGUCUAUGGACGGAUACAUCACUACCCAUUCCCGGAUCACCAUCCCCCGCCAUUUGCGCUUAUUCCCUCACUCAUGGGCUCUAUGUAUAACUGGCUCCAUGGCAAGGAUUCUCAGGCGGAGGCACAGGAGGAACGGAAGAGAGUUGCGGUGGUCCACUGCAAGGCUGGUAAGGGACGGAGUGGAACGGUCGCGUGUAGCUAUUUGAUGGCACAUGAAGGAUGGAAGAUGGAGGAUGCUUUGCAACGGUUUACCGAACGGAGAAUGCGGUCUGGGUUCGGCCCUGGGGUGAGCAUCCCGAGCCAGCUGCGCUGGGUCGGGUAUGUUGAUCGCUGGGUGAACCAAAUGGGCAAGACGUACAUCGAACGACCGGUGGAGAUUCUCGAGCUGCACGUGUGGGGUCUGCGGGAUGGUGUCAAAGUUGCAGUGGAAGGCUUCGUCGAUGAAGGCAAGAAGAUCCAAAACUUUCACCUAUUCAAACGCAGUGAACGCAUCGUUGUGGACGAUGGAAGGGCGAAGACAAAUUCCUCACAGAAGACGGACAAAAAGAAAGUCAACGGCCAAAAGAAUGGUAUCAAAAAGGCAUUCUCAUCUGUAGCAGAUUCAUCGAGUUCAUCCAGCUCGGACUCAUCCGAUGAGGACUCAACUACCCAGAAGGGCACGUCGGCCGUCCUCUUCCGGCCGAGCAAGCCGCUCAUCCUACCAACCUCCGAUAUAAAUAUUGAUUUUGAACGAAGAAGCAAAGCUUACAAAGAUUGGGCAAUGGUGACCUCCAUCGCACAUGUGUGGUUCAACGCUUACUUCGAAGGCGGCGACAAGCAAGAUUCAGGCGUCUUCGAAGCAGAGUGGGACACGCUAGAUGGGAUCAAAGGCACCUCCAGAAAAGGAGUUAGGGCUCUCGACCGGCUCAAAGUAGUAUGGAGAUACCCACCUUCGGAACCCGAAACAAAGAACUCGGAGACGGCGCCCACGCCGGGCCAAAUCAUCACCGAGCCCAAACCCGGUGAACCCAUGCUCGAAAGCCAUGCUGCUGACUGGCGAGGCCAAGACCCGGGGGAGCAAAAAGCUGCACGAGAUCAGGAGAAUAUUCCGACGCGGGCUCCCGAUGUCCCAGAGCACCCAAAAGAAAGCAAGGAGGAUGCAAACCCGAUCCUCGCAGGCCUCAGCACUGCCACCAGCAAUGCUGCCGCCGUCGCUACAACUUCGGUGCAGAUGCUAAGCAAGGAGCUAGGACUGAGAAGGCAGACGGACGAGAGCAAAGACGUCAGUCUCGCCGAAAGUGAAGACAAUGAGUCGGUGCUAGGUCACCGGAAGCAGGAAGGCGAUGAAGAGAAAAGACAAGCCCUGAACAGCGCAGAAAGUGAAGACUUCCAAGGCGUACAAUCUUACUUUGGAAAUGGUGAUAAAGACGACUCUACAAGCUCGCCGAAGACUACUAGAGCUUCGUGAUAUACCCGUCCUUUGGCAUGUAGACAGCAUGUGAUCUGGAUGAUAUACGAAUCUCCUUCUACUCUUUUGUUCUUUUCCCUCUUUUGUUUUGUUGAAUCUGGUUGUAACUGGUUUCAUGGCAAGUGCCUUGGGAGAUAUUUAUUUCGGGCCAUAUGCUCGUGUACAUACAACAUACCCAUACAAAAAUCGUUAUUAUGAUUAAUACUAGAAGGCGCAAAGUUGUGACAAAUUCCACA